GUGUUCCUUGAUUUCCUACGGCGCACAACAACAACAACAGUCUGUUGUGAAAAGUUUGGAUAUUUGUUCGUUUUAUCGGUGUAGAAACAUGUCGGACUUAUUGCUAAAAAUAAAAAAUCGAAUAGGUGAACAGAAGAAGAAGGAGAGUUUGAGUCAGAGCGACAUGCAGAAGUUUGGUUUAACAGGGAUUCAGCUGAGGAGGUACCAGCUGGACGGGGUCCAGUGGCUCGCUCAGUGCCUGCAGAACCAGCACGGCUGCAUUUUAGGAGAUGAGAUGGGUUUGGGCAAAACCUGCCAGACGAUCUCUCUGCUGCUCUACAUGUCAGAAGCUGUGGGGAAGAAAGGUCCAUUUUUGGUUCUGAGCCCGCUCUCUGUCCUGGAGAACUGGAGGAAGGAGCUGGAAUGCUUGGCCCCCUCUCUGACUGUGCUGUGCUACAAAGGAGACAAAGAGCGACGGGCCGAGAUUCAGAGGGAAACAAACACAGAAGACUUUCAUGUUCUGCUCACCACCUAUGAGCUGUGUCUCAAAGAUGCUUCGUUCUUAAAAAGGUGGAGCUGGGAGGUUCUUGUUGUAGAUGAAGCUCACAGACUGAAGAACCAAAAUUCYUUGCUGCACCAAACAUUAACAGAGUUCUCUGUUGGUUUCAGAGUCCUGUUAACAGGAACUCCCAUUCAGAACAACCUGCAGGAGCUGUACUCCCUGCUCAGCUUCAUCCAGCCCAGCAUCUUUGCAGCCAAGGACACAGACAGCUUUGUCCACUCUUAUGCUAACGUGCAAAAUCAGCCUGCUCUGGCUGCUGAGCUUCAGAGCAUCUUGGAGCCUUUCCUGCUCCGUAGAGUCAAAUCAGAGGUGGCUGCUGAUCUGCCCAAGAAGACGGAGCUGGUGGUGUACCACGGCAUGUCGGCCCUGCAGAAGAAAUACUACAAGGCCUUUUUGACGAAGGAUCUUGAGGCUUUUGGGAACGAACACAGCAGUAAGAACAGGCUGCUGAACAUCCUGAUGAACCUGAGGAAGUGUGUUGACCAUCCCUACCUGUUCGAUGGGGUGGAACCAGAGCCCUUUGAGAUAGGAGAGCAUCUGGUUGAAGCCAGUGGAAAGCUGUGCCUCCUGGACAGCAUGCUGACCUUUCUGCACAAAGGGGGUCACCGGAUCCUGCUGUUCUCUCAGAUGACAAGGAUGUUGGAUAUUCUUCAGGACUACAUGGAGUAUCGAGGUUAUAGCUAUGAGCGACUGGACGGGUCUGUUCGCGGGGAGGAACGAAAUCUAGCAGUGAAGAACUUCAGCAGCAAAGAUAUUUUUGUCUUUUUGCUCAGCACUAAAGCAGGGGGUGUGGGCAUGAACCUUACAGCUGCUGACACGGUUAUUUUCGUGGACAGUGACUACAACCCUCAAAACGACUUGCAGGCAGCAGCACGCUGCCAUCGGAUUGGUCAGAACAGACCUGUGAAAGUAAUUCGCCUCCUUGCAAGAGACACGGUGGAGGAGAUCAUGUACGCCCGUGCUGUAUCCAAGCUACAGCUCACCAACGCUGUUAUUGAAGAAGGACGCUUCUCAUUACUGGACCAAGCUCAGUCUGCUGCUGCAGGACUGCAGCUGAGUGAGAUCCUGAAGUUUGGGAUAGAUAAGCUUCUGUUGUCAGAUGAGAGCUCAAUACAAGAAGUAAAACUGGAGAAGAUCCUCGGCUCGUCACGAAGCGGUCAUUGGAUGGAUGAUGAGGACUUAUCACUUAAAGAAGAAGAAGAGGAGGAGGACAGAUCUGAAUCUGAAGUGCAGAACCACAUGUACUUUUUUGAGGGCAAAGACUACAGUAAGGACCCCAGUUCUGAAGACCAGAAGAGCUUUGAGCGUUUGUUGGAGGAGCAGCUGACGGAGUUUCAGAAAACUGCAGGAGAGGGGCGAGCUCUGCGACACAAAGCUGGAGAAGAGGAAACCUCUCUCUCCGAGACAGAGCCGGAGCUGUGACGUCAGAGGAGGGAAGAGAGUCAAGACACGGGAGGACAUGAAGAAACACCAACAUGAGCAAAAACAGCAAAAAUAAAUAAAUAAAUAAAUAAAUAAAUAAAUAAAUAAAUAAAUAAAAUAUUUCGUUUUUCUAAA